UCGGCCCUCGCCGAUCGCCUCAGCGUCUCCUCCAAAUCCACUGCCCCCCGUCUUCCUCCUUUGGUGGAUGCAUCCUAAACAAUUCACCUGCCCUGACUAGCUGCUACCAGCAAAAUUCGGCGACGCCGAAGCUACGCCGCCGGGUCCCGAGGGCAGUCCAGCCCUAGCUAGCGAGCGUUGCCGAGGCCCGAGGAAGCAGUUUGGUUUGGUGGGCUGAACGGUCUUGCGGAUCUCUUGGGACUUGGGAGCCAGCGCGAUGGCGCGGGUGGCUCGGCUCCUCCUUGUUAUCGCGCUGCUGGCGGCGCUACUCGCCGUCGUUCUCCAGCUCUACCGUGUGAGGAAGCCGUCUGGGCAGAGGUUGUGGACAGUGGAGGAGCUAUCCGUGUACAAUGGAACGGAUGAGGGGUUGCCCAUACUACUCGGGAUUUUGGGCUCAGUUUUUGACGUUACAAAUGGGAGGUCACAUUAUGGUCCUGGAGGAGGUUAUCAUCACUUUGCUGGCAGGGAUGCAUCACGAACGUUUGUUUCAGGAAAUUUUACAGGUGACGGCCUGACUGAUUCUUUACAGGGUUUAUCAAGCAGUGAGGUAAACAGCAUUGUUGAUUGGAGGAAAUUUUACUUCGAGAGAUACAUAUUUGCCGGUAAACUUAUUGGACGCUACUACGACAGUCAAGGGAAUCCUACGAAGUACCUGAAGGGUGUAGAAGUUAAGGCAAAGAGAGGUGCCCAGCUUCUUGAAAAGCAGAAGAGUGAGGAAGCUAAAAUACCAAGCUGCAAUUCAAAAUGGAGCCAGCAAGAAGGCGGAGAAGUUUGGUGCGAUACAGGCUAUCCAAGAUUGGUGAGGAGGCCGGGCGACAUAGCUCUGACCGGACAAGUUAGCCAAAGGUGUGCUUGUUUCCGGGAAGACGAGCUCAACAAACCCGGGCUAGUGGCCUACGAAGGGUGCGAUCAUCUGUCCAAGUCCUGCAAAGUAAACUAGGCCGUAAACCCGUUACAGGAGUAGCAGUGACAUCCCAUAAGGCACCAGCCACGCCAUCAUGAUGAUGAUCGAUGUCUACGUGCUGGUCCAGCGGUGCAUCGAUCGAUCCUCUCGAGAUUUCUGGUUGCGACGUCGUGUUUUGGGAUGUUGAAGAUACGCAAUUGAUUGGAGGAUACGAGCAAUCGAUUCGUAUGAUGGUAACACUACUGCACUGCCAUGAAAUUAUUCAUGUGGGGUAUUGCCUUCACGGAUAGUACGAGUCUUCACAAACAUGUACAUCAAUUCUUCAAAUGCGAACCUUGCUUUGGAGAGAUAA